GGCUGCGCCAUGGCUCCCAAGACGGUGCUGAUCACCGGCUGCUCCUCCGGCAUCGGGCUGGCACUGGCCGUCCGGCUGGCGCGGGACAAGCAGCGCCGCUUCCGAGUCAUCGCCACCAUGAGGAACGUGGGCAGGAGUGGGGCGCUGGCGGAGGCGGCGGGGCCGGCGCUGGGCCGGACGCUGGAGAUCAAGCAGCUGGAUGUCUGUGACGAGGGCUCCAUCCGCACCUGCCUCGACGGCAUCCCCGGGCGCCACGUCGACAUCCUGGUCAGCAACGCCGGGGUGGGCAUGGCGGGUCCCCUGGAAUGCCAGAGCCUGGAGGCCAUGCAGAGCCUCAUGGACACCAACUUCUUCGGCCUCGUCCGCCUCGUCAAGGAGGUGCUGCCCGACAUGAAGCGGCGCCGCGGGGGCCACAUCGUGGUCAUCAGCAGCAUCAUGGGCCUGCAGGGUAUCGUCUUCAACGACAUCUACGCGGCCUCCAAGUUCGCGGUGGAGGGUUUCUGUGAGAGCCUGGUGGUGCAGGCGCUGCGCUUCAACGUGGCGAUCAGCCUGGUGGAGCCGGGGCCGGUGAUGACGGAGUUCGAGGCGAAGUUGUACGAGGAAGCUGAACGCGCUGACUAUUCGCGGACAGACCCCGAGACAGCCGACAUCUUCACCAAAUUCUACCUGAGGAACUCCAAGGAUGUCUUCGCCAGCCUGGGCCAGACCCCUGAGGACAUCGCAGAGCACACGCUGCGGGUGAUCGAGGCAGCCCGGCCGCCCUUCCGGCACCAGACCAACGCGGCGUACACGCCGAUGGCCGCGCUGAAGCACGCCGACCCCAGCGGUGUCCUCAUGACCGACGCUUUCUACAAGCUGGUGUUCAAGUACAACGCGGUGCUGCGGCUCAGCCUCCGCGCCAUCCGCCUGCUCCGCUGGAAGGCCCAGAAGGUGAAGGAGGGCACCCGGCUGCUGGGCUUCAAAUAGCCCCCCACGGCCACCGGCAGCUCGGGGCACGCGGCUCACCUUGGGGGGCAGCUCGGAGGCGGGGGGCGAGUGGGGCUGGGACCUGUGCAGGGUUUCGCUUCCUGCUCCUGUCCUGAAAUAG